AUGAGCAUCAAGGGACACGCAGCUGAUUCCUCUCACAGCUACAGUAUAUCAACAGCUCACAGCUACAACAGCUACACUACAGUAUCAACAUCCAGCAGCAACGUAUCAUACAUCACAGCAACAGCAUCAAUCAUCACAGCAACAGUAUCAACAUCACAAGCUACAGUAUCAACAUCACAGCAACAGUACAACAUUCACAGCAACAGUAUUCAACAUAGCAACAGUAUCAAACAUCACAGCUACAGCAUCAACAUCACAGCAACAGCAUCAACUCACAGCUACAGUAUCAACAUCACAGCUACAGCAUCAACAUCACAGCUACAGCACAUCAAAUCACACACAGCUACAGCAUCACAUCACAGCUACAGUAUCAACAUCACAUACAGCAGCUACAGCAUCACAGCUCAAUCAAAUCACAGCUUACAGCAUCAACAUCACAGCUACAGUAUCAACACCACAGCUACCAUCAAAUCACAGCUACACUACAGCAUCAACAUCACAGCUUCAGUAUCAAAUCACACAACAGGAUCAACAUCACAGCUACAGUAUCAAAAUCAACAGCUUCAGCAUCAACAUCACAGCUACAGUAUCAAAUCACAGCUUCAAGCAUCAACAUCACAGCUACACUACAGCAUCAACAUCACAGCACAGUACAAAAACAGCUACAGCAUCAACAUCACAGCUACAGCAUCAACAUCACAGCUCAGCAUCAACUCACAGCAACAGCAUCAACAUCACACAUCAACAUCACAGCUUCACAGUAUCAAAAACAUCACAGCUACAGUAUUCAACAUCACAGCUUCAGUAUCACAUCACAGCACACUACAGCAUCAAAAUCACAGCUUCAGUAUCAACAUCACAGCUACAGCAUCAACAUCACAGCUUCAGCAUCAACAUCAAGCUACAGCUACAGCAACAUCAAACAGUAUCAACAUCACAGCUACAGCAUCACAUACAGCUAGUAUCAACAUCACAGCUUACAGCAUAACACACAGCUACAGCAACAUCACAGCUACAGUAUCACAUCACAGCUACAGCAUCAACACAUCACAGCUCAACAUCACAGCUACACUACGCACAUCACAGCUACAGCACAACAUUCAAUCAUCACAGCUUCAGCGAGGAUCAACAUCACAGCUACAGUAUCAAAUCACAGCUUCAGCAUCAAUCACAGCUACACUUCAGCAUCACAUCAACAGCUACAGUAUCAACAUCACAGCUCAGCAUCAAAUCACAGCUUCAGCAUCAAAAACAUCACAGCUACAGUAUCAAAAUCACAGCUUCAGCAUCAAAAUCACAGCUACACUUCAGCAGCACAGUAUCAACAUUCACACAAAAUCACAGCUACAGUAUAACAUCACAGCUACAGCAUCAACAUCACAGCUACAGUCAACAUCAGCUACAGUAUCAACAUCACAGCUACAGCAUCAACAUCACAGCACAGCAUCACAUCACAGCUUCAGCCAAAUCACAGCUACACUACAGCAUCAACAUCACAGCUACAGCAUCAUCACAGCUUCAUCAAACAUCACAGCUACACAUCAACAUCACAGCUACAGCAGCACAGCAUCACGCUUCAGCAUCAACAUCACUACACAAAAUCAGCAGCAGCAUCAUCACAGCUACCAGCUACAGCAUCAACAUCACAGCUACAAUGGUGAUUCACGCAGUCCUUUCUGCAACAGCCAAUCUCCACUCUUUACUCAGGCUGUAAAUUGGCUACAGUUGCAUAAUUCAGUAGAGUGGUCUGUGUUUCCCAGAAAGUCCAGCAGCUUCUUUGGUCAAUAUCACUGGACAUACUUUACAUACUUCUCCACAGCAUACUAA